AUGCUACGCUGGUUGAGCUUCAAGAAAGCUUUUUACUGUGCAGUGGCAUACGUCAUUUAUUUGUUGGUGUUUGGCUGCAAGGCUGACUACUCGUCUGCCUUUGCUCCCACCAGAUACACAUGUGAUGCUGCAAAUUUCUUUGUGUACCCAACGUGGAACACGCACUUUCAGCCACAUCUUGAAUGGAUUGACCAGAAUACGGGCAUUGUCGAGAAAGUGACUCCCGUAUGGAAAAAAACUCAUGCAUCCUGGGCAAAGAUCGAUGAGAACUACGCCUUGUCUUAUACUUUAGACAAGUACAAAGUGCAGCUGCAAGAUUGGGCCGCUGUUUACGUUCACCCAUACAUUGAUGUUGUGACAACCCAGCUCGACUACGUAUGGGCAAGAAUUGUGCUGUACUACAAAGGCAGCGCAGGCCCGGUUUUGGAACAUUACUUCAACACUUACAACCAUCAUUUGGUGGACUCUGUCGACAACUCUGUGAGUUACGUGAAGAGACACUCUGCUUUGAUUUUUGAUAAUACUCGCAAACACUCUGGCCGCUUCAUUGAGUUGCAGGUUGUCCCCAAGGCUUCGUCUUUGUGGGCCACUGUCUCUACUAAUGCGUUUGUCGUGAAGGUGGCUAACGUUACCAGGCUUCUGUAUUUGGGAGCGCAGAUCAGCCGUCUUUUCGACGCCCUCCUUGAGGAAAGCGGAAAGAUUAAUUCUUCAUUCAAGAACAAGACGGAGUUUGUCAAGAGUGAGCUCAAGCAUUAUAUCGAGUCUGGUGUCGGCAAGCAGAGAAGAGCUUCCGGUGCUACUAGCGAGGAUGUCAUCGACGUGGUCAAAACCAUUUUGGAGGAUAUCACUUCAGCUGUCGGUGAUGAAAGAGAGCCAAUUCCUCACAGCAGUGUUACAGAGACAGACGAGGCUGUCGCAUCUACUGUUGGGUCUAUUCUCAGUGAGGUCCUUUCUGAGAGCGAUGAGCCUAUUGAAGAGGGUAAGGAGUCUAUCGAAGAGGAGAAUAUUGAGACUGACACUACUGAAGUGGAGGUAACUGUUACUGAUACUGUUACUGACACUUUAGAGACUACUGUUGUUGAGGAGACAGUCGAUGCUGAGGAACUGGCGGAUGCGGCUGAUGCUGUUGAUGCGUCAGGUGAAAGUGACGAAGAGGAACCCGUGACCGAGACCUUCUGGUUUACUGAAACCGUCUAUGAAGACGGCGCAACCGGUACACCUGAGGAGGAGAUCGCGACCGUUGAUGUUGAGGACUUGCAGAAAUCCCACUAUAACCCCAAAGACAUCAUCGAUCUGGAGAUUCUUUACUGGAAGUCUAAGGUGGAUAAAAUGUUGAAAUUGGCUUACAACAGUCUUGAGGACGACAUGAUCCCCGUCUUGAAUGCCACUCUCGAGCCAUUGAGAGACGAGAUUUCAGCUAACUUCACCCAGUUGCAGAAGGACAACUAUGAGCGUUACAAGAAAAUGAAUAUCCUCAUCUCCAAGAUUAAUAAGGACUUUGAGCAUAUGAAAGAGACCAACCAGCUCAUAGUGGAGCCCGAGGUGGAUAGGCAAAUGAUGAGAGACGAGAUCAGCGCAUGCAGAGAGGCUGUUGAGCAGACCAUGCAAAACGUUGAAGAUGCUCUUAACGAGCAACAUGCCGAAAUCGUCAAGCAAUACUUUGUUGUCACGCAAGAAACGGUCGAUGUGAUUGAGUCGUAUGCUGAGACGCUCUUGUCGGAGUUUAACAACCGUCUCACCGAAAUAAUACGUGUACUUGACACCGAUCCUGAGUACGAAGACAAGCUUGGUUGGGCUGCCUGGAAAGAGAAUCAUAAAAUCAAGGAACUGAUCUUCCAGCUUCGCGACAAGAUCUUCGAUGAAGCCAACCAGUACAAGGAGAACCACCGCGGCGAGGUCAAACCACGCGGCUUGGAGCCUUGGAUCGACUACUUGAUCAGCAUAAACUUUCACAUUAAUUUCCUUCUGCGAGACACCGAUGAAUACCUUCAAUUGGUGAGAGCCAAGGCAAACGUCGCAUACCAGAUGAGAGAGGCAUUGACACGUCAGUUUGAGGAGGCCGAGGCCGAGGCUGAAAAAGCAGCUGCUAAGGCAGCAGAGGAAGAGGCUGCUAGAAAAAUUGCGGACGCCCAGAGGGCCAAUGAAGCUAUCGAGAGCGCUGCCGCUGAAGCCUCCUUUGCUGCGGAGUUCUCCGCGCCUGGGGUUGAAGAUGUUCCCCAAGUCGAGCCGGAGGAACAAAUUCCUGAGCCCAAGGUGAACUUUGAGCAAGUGGCGGAGCCAGUGGAGGAAAUUGUUGAUGAGGCGGUGGAUGAGGUCCCCGCGGAGUUUGUGGAUGAAACACCAGAGGAGAUAAGCACACUCUAA